ACUCUUACGUAGUGAAGAUAGCAGUGCAAUCUAGGUAUAAAAAUACUCCGCACGAUAAAAUCAUUCCAGACUUUAGACUUUUCUACAUGAUUUACCAAAGGUUGAAGUUUAGAUAUAAAAUAAUAGAACCAAUGCUGGAUUUCCCUCCAACAUCGUAUACAAAUGUAUCACCUACUGGAAUUCUCGGACAGUUAGCUAACAAAACAGCAGAUAUAUAUCCUUUUUAUGCUUCAUAUUCAAGUGAAAUAAUAGAUUUUGUAGACUACACUCCUAUUAUCGGAAUAAAUUCUAUAAGCUUUGUUAUGAAACGUAUACAAAUAAAGCCAGGAUGGAAUGCAAUUUUCAAACCUUUGUCAAUUGAAGUUUGGUUAACAACAGCAGCUAUCGUGAUUUUCGUUACAUUAAUUCUUCCACCCAUAAUAAAUUACGAAUUAAACAAAAGAGAAAUUUCACGCCGUUGGACAAUGAAGACAAGUUUCUGGUUUAUAUUUUCUUCUUUCGUUAAUCAAGGAUUUGAAAUAAGCUAUAUAAAAAGAAUAUUUGCAAGAAUUGCGAUUGGAACUUGUGGUAUCACAAUUCUGAUAUUAACCUUCAGUUAUAGCGGAACAUUAAUUUCUCACUUGACUGCUCCAAGAGAAUUGCCCGUACCCAGAACAUUCGUGGAAUUAGUUGAUUAUAUGAAGAAAGGAGAGGUUUCUUUGUAUACUUAUGAAAAGUUUGUUGUUUACAGAAUAAUAACGCGAGCAAAAACAGGUAUUGUUAAAGAUAUAAGAGAUCACAUCGUAACCAACAACAAUUUUGUGAAUUGGGACACUUUUUUGCCAACUCUGAGAAAAGGACGAAAUGCAGUUAUUUUCAAUCAGAGAUAUGUACGUGCCUGGAUGAGUCUUGCCGACGAUCUAUUUUUCAUUUCUGACGACUCAAUUGCAAUUGUUCCAUUUGGAUAUGCUAUGAGAAAGGGGUUUCCACUGAAAAAGAAAUUUGAUGCCAUAGUUACUCGAUCGUUUGAGUCAGGAAUAAUCAGUAGAUUUCGACUCCCAAUAAGAUAUAAAAAUGAAAACAUGGAAACGAAAAUUGAAGCAUUGAAUUUACGACACUUCUUAGGAGCUUUCAUUCUUCUCGGCGGAGGGUACUUAUUAGCCGUUAUCUGCUUUAUUUUAGAAUUGUUUGCUGGAAAGCGAUGUACUGCUGUGUUUGACCGAAAUAGCUGUUAACUCCAAGUUAUUAAAAGACCGCUGCAAUCGUCUACUAUCAUAUAAUUUAGAAGUAUAACCUCAC